AGUGGGAGUAAAGUAACUUCACCCAACCAGCGGGUGGAAAGUGAGCCACGGCCACCGUCAGUUCCCCCGUGCCAGGAAAUCGCUGUUGCGGUGGUAGGUUCCGCGAGCCCACAAACCCCAAACGAACGGGUUGCUUUGGCUAACUGCCGAAAAAGUGAAAUUUCCGAACCCGUGUGGCCGUGUGUGUUGGUGGCGUAAAACAAACCACGCGAGGAGGCAAAACUAUCCACCGCACACGCACACAGCGCGUGGUGGGUGCAUGCGAAGUGGACGCGCGGGCCGCGAACGAGUGACAGAAAGCGAAGCGAGUGAUAAAUAGGCGGGUGCUGUGACACGGAGCACACACGGGCUGCCCUAACAGAGAAACCCUAGCAACCCUCCCCAGGGUUGUUGCGCUGGUCGGUCCAGAGGAACCCCAUUAGCCGAAGGCGCCACGAGCGUCUGGACCACAUCGUUACAGAGAACGCAGCAAAUCAUCAUCCGCCCCAAACAUGCUGAAGAACAAAGCAACCGAGGAGAAGGUCGACACUCUGCUGUCCAAAAGUCAAAUACCCAUCAUUGAUCUCGCGCACUGCGGAACGGAGGAAUGUCCCAUCCGGUCGGUCGUGAAUCGUGUCGGCCACCAGCUCCACAAGGCGCUGGUUGAGAAAGGCAUCGCGCUGCUGGUCAAUCAUGGGAUCUCGGAAGAGAAGAUGAAGCAUGCGUAUGGCCACCUGGACGACUUCUGUAAGCUGUCGGACACCACGAAAGAGACGUACCUGCGGCAGGGCGAAACGAACCACGGUUACAUCAAGCCGGGCCAGGAGCGAUUCGAUGGCAAAUCGAAGGACCUGCGCCACACGUACAACAUCUGCACCCUGAAGCCGGACGGCGCGCUGCCCGACGAACCGCUGCCCGGCUUCCGGGAACACAUGUCCGACCUGGCGACGGACUUCAAGCGCCUAUCGGCGCUGCUGCUACAGGCACUGGCCGUCGGGAUGGAGCUGCCGUACGGCUACUUCCUGGAGAAGCACCGUCACAUACUGGACGGGGAGGGCGAAAACCAGUCCACAUUCCGCCUGCUCUACUAUCCGCCGCUGAUCGAAGACGAUAGCAAGAACGAACUGCUGCGGGGCACGUGCAAGUACAGCCAGCAGCGCUGCACCAAGGACGAGAUUGAUCUUUCGCUGCCCGAAGACUAUCGCGCCAAGGUGCGCGAAGAACAGGAAGCGCUAGAAGAGCAAGAGCAAGUGACGCGAUGUGGGGCCCAUGCCGAUUACGGCACGUUUACCCUUCUGGCCCAAGAUUCCGAGGGUGGCUUGGAGGUGAAGCUACCCGGCACGGAUCGGUGGAAGCGCGUUGGUCACCUGCCCGGAGCCAUCCUUAUCAACGCCGGCGAGCUGCUGUCGACGUGGACGGGCGAAAAGAUCUGCGCGCUCGAGCAUCGUGUCAUCAUCCCGAAGGAGGAAACGAUCCGCACCCGUGGCCGCCACUCGUUGGCAUUCUUCGUGCAUCCUGACAACUGCAUCUCGAUUGCGCCGAUCGAUCUGCCCGCGUCCAGCUCUUCGAAUUCACUCGAUUCGGAAGAAAAGAAAACUAAGGGCCGCAAAAAAUCCUUUAAGACGGCCAAAAACAAAAUAUACAAUGCAUAUCAGCAUGUGCAGAGACGCUUCAAGGAGACCUACGCCUCGUAGUGGCUUUGCCGUCGUAGGGGAACCGAUAGUAUAAUGCGUGGCUACAUCGGCCGCCUGCGAAGCCCGCACAACCAGCCAAUCACACGCGCUACACCGGCUGCCCGCGUGUUGUAUUUAUAAGACUUACUUUAGCCACAAUUUAUUCCACCAUAUUCAUGUCCAUCGUGUUGGUGUAUUUUUAGACGAAAUAUU